AUGACAACUGUAAGAACCAUCUUGGCAGUAGCAGCAAUGGAUGUUACUAAUGCUUUCCUACAUGGAGACUUGUAUGAGGAUGUGUAUAUGAAAUUGCCUCAAGGUUAUACUGGAAUUGGGAGUAAAAUCAAACUGAAUGUCACUGAUGAAUGUGAUGUAUCUCAGAAAGUUGUGUGCAAGCUGAAAAAAUCUUUGUAUGGCCUGAAACAAGCCCCAAGACAAUGGUUUGCCAAACUUUCAGAAACACUGAUGAGGUUUGGUUAUAACCAGUCCAAGUCAGACUACAGUCUGUUCACAAAGUCAAACACCCAAGAUAUUACCUUGAUACUGAUCUAUGUUGAUGAUCUGUUGAUAUGUGGCACAAACUUGACAGAAAUUACAACUCUCAAAGAAAUGUUGUCAAAGUCAUUUCAUAUGAAAGAUCUUGGAGAAUUGACCUAUUUUUUGGGUCUUGAAGUGUUCAGAUCCUCCUCUGGUUUCUUUGUGUCUCAAAGAAAAUAUGCCUUGGAUUUGCUUAAAGAACAUCACAUGGUGGAUGUCAAACCUGUUUUGCUGCCCAUGGAAUCAAACCUGAAACUUACCACAGACAAGGGAGAGUUGCUUCCUUCCCCUACUCCUUAUCAGAGGUUGUUGGGUAGGCUGAUUUACUUGACUAUCACUAGGACUGACAUCUCCUUCACUGUACAACUCUUGAGCCAAUUCAUGCAUCAACCUACUUUAGUUCAUAUGCAAGCUGCCAAAAGACUCCUAACAUACAUUGCUGGCACUGUCAAUCAAGGCAUACUACUUGCUUCCACCUCUGCAGCCACUCUAACAUCUUAUUGUGACAGUGAUUGGGAUGGAUGUCCAAUGUCAAGAAGAUCAACCUCAGGUUAUUGCAUCUUCUUGGGGAAAUCUCCUGUCUCUUGGAAAGCAAAGAAACAGUCAGUUGUGGCUAGAUCAUCAGCAGAAGCUGAAUACAGGGCUAUGGCCUUGACCUCUUGUGAAGUAACUUGGCUGACACACUUAUUGAAGGCUCUAGGUCUGACCAGUCUACCACCUGCAGUGCUAAAAUGUGACAACCAAGCAGCUCUUGCUAUAGCUGCUAAUCCUGUUCUACAUGAGAGAACAAAGCAUCUGGAAGUUGACUGUCACUUCAUCAGAGACAAAGUACAGAAUGGCAGCAUUGUCACAGAACAAGUCCCAUCUACUGAACAGAUUGCAGAUGUUCUGACUAAGGUUCUCACUGUAAAGCAACAUCAGUAUCUCUUGGACAAGUUGGGAGCUACCACUCACAACUUGAGGGGGAGUAAUAAAGGAUAA